UUUCAGAUCUCAUGAACAAUUUAUCGGUUAAUGGAUCAAGUAAUGGACUUUUUGCGAAACCAACAAUAGGAAGAAGUGAAUAUGGACGGGUCAAAGUGGCGUUGGCACCCGGAAAAGGGUUUAUGGAUUGGUUGAGGCUCACGACAAAUAAGCAUUUGGCGAAACGAGUCAGUGGAGGUGUGGAUCACGUGGAAUUGAUGAAGCAUAACACGAAAGACGACUGUUGGGUACACCUUUUUGGAAUUGUGUAUGACGUCACCAAGUACCUGGAUUUCCAUCCGGGCGGUAUACCCGAAUUGCUACGUGGCGCUGGCCGAGACGCCACGCCCCUUUUCAAUCAAUACCACGCGUGGGUGAAUUAUGAGAGUAUGCUGAAAGCAUGUGUAGUUGGACCAUUUAUCGGAGAUUUGACAAAAUGUGAGGUACCUUCACCACUUCCACCAACAACUUCGGAUGACAAGAACAAGCUCGGUGUUCCCAGCUCAGCACUUUUCAGUACAGAUCCAUCUGAAAAUGGAUAUGGAGCUCGUGUCGAGACCCUUUCUGACAAUUCUGGAAUUUCAUUUGAGCAUGAUGAUUGGACAGAGCUCACCGAGCACAAUGUUAUUGUUUCAUUAGUGCCUGUUUUUGUUAAGACAUCAAUAAAUACACGUGGCGAGGAGAAUACCGAAGAGCACGCUCGUCUCCGAGUACUAAUUCAUCAUUUCUGGAAACCAGCGAUGGAAUUUGAAUUCGAGCCAACUCCAGCACUUUGCCACGUCGAAUAUACCCUGAAAAUUAUGAAAAAUCGCGUGGAAAUUCGAUUUUCCCGUGAAAUUUCCGGAGGAAAAAUUGAUAGAUCAAAGUGUAAAAUUCAACGACGGCCAGGAGUCACAUAUCACACGACGGAAAUUAUUGAUCGAUAUCGAUUAAAUCAUGAUACAUUGAUUUUUAGUCUACAGCUCCCCGAGCACACUACAUAUCGAAUACCUAUUGGACAUCAUGUUUCGAUUAAAAUUCGGAAAGGAAACUCUGUCCUCUACCGCCCGUACACCCCAAUCUCCAAUCCGGACCCCCAAAAAAUUGAUUUUAUGAUAAAAAUCUACUCGAACGGAAUAUGUACUCCAUCACUGGAAAAUCUGAAAAUCGGCGGCGAAUUGGAGAUCAGUGACCCAAUUGGUGAACGAAAUUUCGCUGAAUGGACGGAAAAUGCUCAGGAAUUGAUACUUUUGGCUGCGGGAAGUGGAAUUACACCGAUGAUUGAUAUUAUGGAGAAAAGAAUCCAAAAAACUGAAAAUUCUAAUUCAAAAGUGUACUUUUUGAUGUUUAAUAAGACUGAAAAUGAUCUACAAACUGGAAAACCCGAAGAGAAUCCGAAAUCCACGUGGAAAAUGGCCGAUUUCUAUUCAAAAUACCGCGGAGACGAGCGGAUUGUGAUGAAAAACGUGCUUUCCGCAUCAGAAUGUCCUGUUGAAACUGGAGAAUAUUUCAAUGGAAGAGUAUCUACAGACCUCUUGAAUUCCAUAAUUUCCACGUCAUCGACAGCAUCGAGAAGAGCAUUCAUUUGUGGUCCUGAUGGGUUCAUUUUGGCGGCGAAAACCGCCCUGGAAUCCCUGAAUCUUCAUUCCGAUCAAAUACACAUUUUCCAAGGAUAAUCACGUUUUUAUUUCAUUCGAUAUAUAUAUUCUCAUUUUUAUGUAUUAUUAUUAUUGUUUCUUUUUUUUUUAAUUUUCAAUUCACUGUGAAUAGGCGGAGCUUAAACGGUUGUUGGAGGCGGAGCCUAGAAUAAAUGAGCGGAGCUUA